AUGGCUAGAAUGGGACAUAUCACAUGGCCAACUGCCUUUGAAGCUGUCGACGAAGCCAAUCGCUUUCGCGAUGAAUUCUUCCCUGACUAUCCCAUGUACCCUAAUGUGUCAGCCGCCAACCAACACCUCCAAGCCAUCACUACUUGUAUCAAGCAACCACGCAGCCCACCCGAUCAAGUCAAGUCUUUGGAUCCACCACCCGAGCCUUAUCACACUUUACCCUCGCAAAAAGCGAUGCACAAUUCACCAAGAAACUCAAUACAGAACUUCAGGCCGAGAUCGAUAACUAUAAACAACACAACGUCGACCUUGGCAAACGUGGCCAGUAUGCCACCCUCCUCAAUGAAAUCAAAGACAUUUCCGACCAGCUCCGUACAGCCCAAAAUAAUCUGCAACAUCGCGAUAGCCGCUCCACCUCCAAUCUCACUGCCAUGCAAGCUGAAAUAUACGAACUUCGCACCGAGCUUCAAACAGCACACGACACUAUAG